AUGAACCAAUCCAACAAUCAACAUCAACAUUCAAACUCAGAUUCAUCUAUCAAAAGAAUCUCAGCUGUCAUCAAUCAUCAUCCAUCAUCUACUACUACUACUCCUACUCCUACUCCUCCUACUCCAUUAAACUUGAUUGGUGCUAACAUCAGACCAGAUCAUGAAGUAUCACUGAUCACCUCAUCAUCUUCUUCUUCUUCAAUCUCUUCAACUACUUCUUCAUCUUCAUCUUCAUCAAAUCCUAUCAAAAUCAAAUCAUCAUCAGAUUCACCUACAUCCCUAAAAGUUCCUAACACCAAUGAAUCAGAUGAUAUCUUCUUACCCUUACAAUCAGAUUCGAAUCUCGAUUUUAAUUUUCCAAACCAAUCACCACAAGACAAACAACAUCAAAGAAGACAUUCAAGAGUUCAUUCACGUAACUUAUCGGUUUUCUUUCCAAGACCAGGUCAAGAAUCGUUUUUGAAUCAUCAUCAUCAUCAUAAGAUUCAUUCACCUCUUACUCCUACUCAAGUGAUUGAAAUCCCAAACCAAGAUCAAGGUUCUUUAAAUUCAUCGAAUGCAGAUCAGACCCCAAGUAGUUCUAGUUCAUUUAAUUUUAAAUCGCCUACUAAUACUUCUUCUCAAACAAAAGGUCGUAGAGGUCAUCAUCAUCGUCAUUCAUUAUCUCACAAGUUGAGUUCAUCUUUUUCUCUCUUCAUCAGAGCUUCUUGA